UUGGAGAGCGCAGAGCGGAGAUUGAAACUGACCUGGAACUUCAGUGGCGCCGAGACUUGCCAGUUUCACUCCAGGAACUUUUCUUUGCAGGAGGGAGGAGAGAAGGGGUGCGAUCGCCCCCGCUUUCUGCUCUCUCUUCCCCUCCUCCUCCUCUCCAGUUCGCCUUCCCCUACUUGGAGCGGGCAGCUGCGGGCUGGCCCCCGCGCGCCUUCCUAAACCCUCGCUCCUGCGGCCGAGUGACGCGCCAGGCUCCCCGGGAGCUGCUCGCCCCGCGCCCGGGCCGCCGAGGGGAGAGGAGCCCGCGCCUCGAGUGCCCGAGCCGCCGCGGCUUCUCGCCUUUCCCGGCCACCCGCCCCCUGCCCCGGGCCUGCGUAUGAAUCUCCUGGACCCCUUCAUGAAGAUGACCGACGAGCAGGAGAAGGGCCUGUCCGCCGCCCCCAGCCCCACCAUGUCCGAGGACUCGGCGGGCUCGCCCUGUCCUUCGGGCUCCGGCUCCGACACCGAGAACACGCGGCCCCAGGAGAACACGUUCCCCAAGGGCGAGCCGGACCUGAAGAAGGAGAGCGAGGAGGACAAGUUCCCCGUGUGCAUCCGCGAGGCCGUCAGCCAGGUGCUCAAGGGCUACGACUGGACGCUGGUGCCCAUGCCGGUGCGCGUCAACGGCUCGAGCAAGAACAAGCCGCACGUCAAGCGGCCCAUGAACGCCUUCAUGGUGUGGGCGCAGGCGGCGCGCAGGAAGCUGGCCGACCAGUACCCGCACCUGCACAACGCCGAGCUCAGCAAGACUCUGGGCAAGCUCUGGAGACUGCUGAACGAGAGCGAGAAGCGGCCGUUCGUGGAGGAGGCGGAGCGGCUGCGCGUGCAGCACAAGAAGGACCACCCGGACUACAAGUACCAGCCGCGCCGGAGGAAGUCGGUGAAGAACGGCCAGGCCGAGGCCGAGGAGGCCCCGGAGCAGACGCACAUCUCGCCCAACGCCAUCUUCAAGGCGCUGCAAGCCGACUCGCCGCACUCCUCCUCCGGCAUGAGCGAGGUGCACUCCCCUGGCGAGCACUCGGGGCAAUCCCAGGGUCCGCCGACGCCCCCCACCACCCCCAAAACCGACGUGCAGCCGGGCAAGGCCGACCUGAAGCGCGAGGGGCGCCCCCUGCCAGAGGGGGGUCGGCAGCCCCCCAUCGACUUCCGCGACGUGGACAUCGGCGAGCUGAGCAGCGACGUCAUCUCCAACAUGGAGACCUUCGACGUCCACGAGUUCGACCAGUACCUGCCGCCCAACGGGCACCCGGGGGUGCCGGCCACGCACGGCCAGGUCACCUACACGGGCAGCUACGGCGUGAGCAGCACGGCGGCCAGCCCGGCGGGCGCGGGCCACGUGUGGAUGUCCAAGCAGCAGGCGCCGCCGCCGCCGCCCCCGCAGCAGCCGCCGCCGCCCCCGCCGCAGCCGGCCCCGCCGCAGGCGCCCCCGCAGCCGCCGCCGGCGCCGCAGCCCGCCCAGCCGCAGCCCGCCCCGCCGCAGGCGCCCCCGCAGCAGCAGCAGCCGCCGCCGCCGCCGCCGGCGCACGCGCUGGGCGCGCUGGGCAGCGAGCCGGGCCCCGCGCAGCGAACGCACAUCAAGACGGAGCAGCUGAGCCCGAGCCACUACAGCGAGCCGCAGCAGCACUCGCCGCAGCAGAUCGCCUACAGCCCCUUCAGCCUCCCGCACUACGGCCCCUCCUACCCGCCCAUCACGCGCGCGCAGUACGACUACAACGACCCCCAGAACUCGGGCGCCUACUACAGCCACGCGGCGGGCCAGGGCUCCGGCCUCUACUCCACCUUCAGCUACAUGAGCCCGGCGCAGCGGCCCAUGUACACGCCCAUCGCCGACACCUCGGGGGUGCCCUCCAUCCCCCAGACCCACAGCCCGCAGCACUGGGAACAGCCGGUCUACACACAGCUCACCAGACCCUGAGAAGAGCUCGCACGGGGCGGGGGCCCACGAUGCUGGCCGUGAUGAUCGCAGAAAGAACCCAAGAAACAAACGCGCGACCCUUUGGACAUUUUUUUUUCCUUCUCUCUCUCUCUCGUUUUUUUUUUUUUUUGUUUUGUUUUGUUUGUUUUUUUUUAAGACAACGUUAACGCUGAAGGCGACUCGGACGCAGAUUCCCAAGACACUAAACGUUGAGCUAUCCAGACGCAUCACCGCCUUGUCGUUAGACCGGUGGCCAGCCCACUCUUGGCUAGAAUGGACCGGCGGAACCGACGCCGAAACUGGACUGGAAACCUUCAAAGCGAGCGUGGAGGACGAUGGAGAGUCUCUCAUGUGACCCAUUUGCUCAGUUCUCUCUGCCUGUUUGGACUUCGUAAUUAUUUUUAGCAGUAAUUAAAGAAAAAGAAAGUCCUCUGUGAGGAAUAUUCUCUAUUUUAAAUAUUUUUUAGUAUGUACUGUGUAUGAUUCAUUACCAUUUUGAGGGGAUUUAUACAUAUUUUUAGAUAAAAAGAAUUAAAUGCUCUUAUUUUUCCAACAGCUAAAAACUACUUUAGUUUGAACAGCGUGCCCUAGCUUUUCUUGCAGCCAGAGUAUUUUUGUACAGAUUUGCUUUCUCUUACAAACAAAUGAAUGAAAAAGAAAAAAAAAAGUAUAUGUGUUAUAUUAACCUGCAAAAGCCGCAGAUUUGUGUUACUGGGCAGUUUGGGGGGGUGAGCUUUGCUUAACUCCUCAGGCUUUCCAAUUCAAGGAGAAGUUGCCUUAGAAAGAAAAAUCAAGGCCUUAUUUUGCAAAGACAGAAGUAAACAAUAGUCUAGAGACUAUUGCGUGAGCAUCUGGUAAGCUUUAUCAUAUAUAUGUUUUUUAAACAAGAAAAAAAAAGCCACCUUAAAGCCUUAAAACCAUGCUGCUGGAAAAUCUUUGCCCCCUCUUUUAGUGCAUUUCUUCCUUUAUUUGCUUGUUCGCCACAAUCUUAAGCAGCAGAAGGCAAGCAAAGGAGACGAAAUCUGUCUGGGGAAUGCUUCAGCAGCCAAUAAGUACCCCAGCACACUACCCCCUGGCCGCCUGCCCCGGCCCGUGUGGAACACAGAUGCUAAGAGUCCUCUCACUAACAUCACCUGUGCCUCUCUGAACACCAGCAGUUAACCUUCAAGACAUUCCACGUGCUAAAAUUAUUUAUUUUGUAAGGAGAGGUUUUAACGAAAAACAACGGAAAACAAAAACUCCCUCUUUUUUUUUAUUUUUUGAAUUUACCUUCUUUAAAAUAGGUUAUUGCAGCCGUCCUCAAAGGGUAUGGUCAUCUGUUGUUAAAUUAUGUCCUUAACUGUAACCAGUUUUUUUUUAAUUUAUCUCUUUAAUCUUUUUUUUUUUAUUAAAAGUUUCUUUGGAUUCCUUGUCCUAGAUUUGUAUAAAUGCCUUUUUUGUCUGUCUUUUUUUUUUCCUUUCCUCUUUGUUGUUUUGUUGAAAACAAACUGGAAACUUGUUUCUCUUUUUGUACACAUGAGAGUUUGCAGAUGUAGUGUAUCACUGAGUCAUUUGCAGUGUUUUCUGCCACAGAUCUUCGGGCUGUCUAAACUGUGUGUGUUGGGACACGAACAAUGCAAGCAUGUGUCAUCCGCGUUCCCCUGCAUGUCUCCUGGAGAGAGAGGAACAGGGGAGGAGGGUCAGCCCACUGACAAACCUUAAUUCCUAAUUACUUCUGUGGCUGGAGAGUUUGAGGAUUGCUUUUUAAAAAAGACAGCAAACUUUUUUUUUUAUUUAAAAAAAGAUAUAUUAACAGUUUUAGAAGUCAGUAGAAUAAAAUCUUAAGGCACUCUUAUAAUAUGGCAUCUUUCCAUUUCUGUAUAAAAGCAGAUCUUUUU